AUGUGUCUGGGAAGCAUGCAGGAGAUACACGUCUCAUGUAUCACAUAGGCCUGAACGAUUUUUCUCCUUCGAAAAUCUGGUCAACGUUAACGGAGUCGGGCACCCAAACAUUUCGUGCAAUGUCAAGCACCGUACGAUAUGAUGGGCUAAAUGUCUCCGGAAAAACUGACAGAAGCAACGCGAACGUACAGGCUGAACGCGAGACCAGCAUAGGCGAACCAGUGAGAGGAAUAGCACGGCCGGAAAAAAGUGGGAGUGAAAGUGGAAAAAUCCAGUUUUUCGAAAUUGCACGAGUGACAGAGCCGCGCACCUAGUGCAACACCACACGAGGUCUGCUGAUGUUCCGCGGAAACGAUGGAGCCCGAGGAACCUCUGUUGCAAGGGAUCCUGUUGUUACCACCGCAGGGAAUGCUAGGCCAACUCAAGAAAACAUGGCACAAAAGGUUCUGCCAGCUGUUUAGAACUAGUAACUAUGGAAUCAAGCGUGUAGAAAUUUACGACAACCAGGAAGAAGCUGUUCUGCAGUUGCAUACUCCACGUAUUAUCACAUUAGAUGCAUGCAUUAAAAUUGCACCCAGUAACCAAUCACAUGUAUUUAUUGUUGUGACCAAGUCAGGAAUCCAUUAUUUCGGAUGUUACUCCGAACAAGAUAUGAGUCAUUGGAUUACUGCAUUUCAGUUAGUUGCGUUUAAAGACAGUGUGUCUAACCAGACAAUAGAAGAGAACAAUGAUCUAUAUUGUACCAGUGGAGAAGGAGUAUUUUCUGUUAGAGUCGUGGAGACAGAUGCAUCCAAAAGAUGUGGCCUAGAAAGUAGAAAUUAUACCCUUGUAGUAGCUGCGGCCGAUAUUAAAUUAAUGGAUGGGGAUGUAGUCCUGUUCAUUUGGCCAUACAAAUAUAUCAGAAGAUAUGGCUAUAAAGAUGGUAAAUUUAUUUUUGAAGCGGGUAGAAAAUGUGAAUCUGGAGAAGGUUCUUUUCGUUUGGAGCAUAGCAGCCAACAAGAAAUUUUUAGAUGCAUGUAUUCCAAGAUGAGGUCAAUGAAGAAACUAAUGAACGAAGAAAGCAGUCCAAGCAUCGAAUGCAAUGAUGCUCAAUACCAGGCAGCCUUGUCUAUGGAAGCUGGCUCCAGAGCAGCAUUACCUCCAUCCUCAAAUAGUUCUGCUAAUUUAAUUGAUAUUGACUUUUCAACCCCACAAAAUUCUCAGAAACAGUCAAGCUCGUCGUCGAAUCUGGAUAGUAGUUUAUCUAGUAAGCCUUCUACAUCUAUGCUGAAGUCUAAACCUGCAAAGCCACCAAGGAAAUAUGUCUUUCAAGGACUGCUGGAUAAGAAGAAUACAGAUUCUGAGUUGUCAGACAUAUCUGCGUGUGGAGAAUACAAUCGAGAUAAUUCGCCAGAAUUAUCCCAGAAAACAAUAGGAAGUUCUGUACUUGAUGAUGAAGAGAAACAUCCAUAUGAUUUAGUAGAAGUAAGAAACGAUGCUUGGAAAACGCAUGGUAUUGAUAACAUACAUCACACUGAACGAGCAAACUCGUUGUUACAUAGUGACAAAGAUAAAGAGAAUGACGAUGACUUUCAGUAUGAAACGAUGAUGCCUAUUCUGUCGUCUCAGAACUCAUUAAAAAGUAAGUCUAGUAUUUCCGAUAAUCCAAUAACUACGUCGACGAGUAAUCAUGUACCGUGUAAAUCUAAUGACGAAUCUGAGUAUGAUAAAUUAGAACAUUUUGGGUCUGCGAGUAAGAUUAAUCAGAAAGGUACAUAUAAAUUCGGGAAUUUUAGCAGUGCCUCACAGAAUUCACAUUCCAAUGUUUCCUUAAAUAGUUCUGUAGUUGACACUAAUACUGCAUGGUCUAAUUACGAUAUCGUCGAAGAUAUGUCUGCUGUUAGAUUAGCAGAUGAUAGUCAUCUUGGAUAUGGUGUUAUUAGAAAGAAAACAAAUCAAUCUGAGUCUGGCUCUGCCAGUAGCACAAUGGGUCCAAAACAUAAAGUCUUUAAUAAUAGUGAAUAUGCAAUCGUAUCAAAACCAAAAAGGGUAUAA